GACUACACAACCUGGACCAACCCCGAGCUAAUAAAACGAAUCACCCUCCUCGAAACGCAGCUCCGCGCCCAAACAUCCACCCCCCUCCAAAGCAACAAGCACGCCCCCAAAAAGCAGCCCAAACCCUUCGACCCCUCCAAAUAUGCCACCCGCCUCAUAGCCCUCAAAUUCGCCUACCUAGGCGGCGCGUACAAUGGUUUCGAGCACCAUGUGAACAACAAGACGCCGCGACCUACAAUUGAAGAGGUGUUGUGGCGGGCACUGCGGAAGACGAAGCUGGUGCUUCCGGAGUUUAAAGAGGGGCAGCUGGGGGAGGGUGAGGAGGAAGAGGAGGUGUGUUGGGAGGGAUGCGAGUAUAGUAAGUGUGGGAGGACGGAUCGGGGUGUGAGUGCUUUUGGGCAGGUGAUUGGGGUUCGGGUGCGGAGUAGUCGGCCCAAAGAGAGGGUUGCGGAUAUGGAGGAAGAAGAAGGCACGGGAGUGAAAGAGAUGGGGAAGGAGUGGCAUCACAUUCGAGACGAACUGCCCUAUCUUCAACUGCUGAAUCGCAAUCUGCCUGCCGACAUUCGAAUCCUCGCCUGGUGUCCCAACCCGCCUCCUGACUUUUCCGCAAGGUUCAAUUGCAGGGAACGGAGGUAUCGCUACUUCUUCACCAAUCCUGCAUACAUGCCCGAUCCGUCUCAAUCAAGGUCGCGCGACUCCGCCGGCGGUGGCUGGCUUGAUAUUGAGAAGAUGCAGCAAGCAGCGAAGAAGCUGGAGGGACUGCACGACUUCCGCAAUCUGUGUAAGGUCGACCCCUCGAAGCAAAUCACCAACUUCGAGAGGCGGAUCUUCAGUGCGGGUGUUCACGCAGCUGGCCCGGAGGAUGAAGCGGGCGCUUUGCUUUCGCUGCCUCCGUUCAUGCACUAUUUCGAGGUCUGCGGCUCCGCCUUCCUCUGGCACCAAGUGCGGCACAUGGUGGCCAUCUUGUUUCUCGUCGGUCAAGGGUACGAGCAGCCUGAGAUCGUGGAUGAGUUGCUUGAUGUUGCGAAGAAUCCGGCGAGACCAAUGUACGACAUGGCUUCGGACAUUCCCUUGGUGCUAUGGGACUGCAUCUUCCCCGCUCUCAAUCAGACGAGUGAUGGCGACCAUGGAUCCGCACGGCCAACAAAUGGGUACGAGGACGCCAUGGAUUGGCUCUACGUCGGCGAUCAAGCCAACGACGAUUCCGAACCCACAAAGCAAAGCCGCAUGGUGCUGAUGCAAGAUCGGAAGUAUGGCCGACUCGGGAUUAUGGAAGAUUUGUGGGCGCAGUGGCGCAGUCGCAAGAUUGAGGAGGUGCUUGCUGGCUCUUUGAUGAACGUCGUGGCUCGGCAGGGCCAGUCGGCGUCCCGUUUGUCUCCGUUGGGUGGUCUGACUGCAGCAGAUGCGAGCCCACGGCUUUUUGAUGGAAGUGACACGCCGCGGACAACGGGCGCGUAUAUCCCUCUCAUGCGACGUGAGCGGAUGGAGGUGCCAGAGGUGUUGAAUGCUCGGUAUGCCAUGCGAAAGGGAUUGAAC